AGAGUGCCGAAAGGUACUUUGGUGAAUAUGGUUGCCACUACUCUAUUGGCUAAUGAAAAGUAUUUUCCCCAUCCGUUGGAAUUUUUGCCAGAACGUUGGCUGCGAUCGGCUAAAGGAGAGGACGAGAAUAUCGUGAACAGUGCAACCGAGUGCGUGCAAACACUAAAACCAAACAAUCCGUUCAUAUUUUUGCCGUUCGGUUUCGGUCCAAGAAUUUGUCUGGGACGCAGAAUUNCCGUUCAUAUUUUUGCCGUUCGCGAACUGGAAAUGGAAUUGGGUAUUGCUAGAAUAGUUAGAAAUUUUAAAAUUGAAUUUAAUUACCCUACGGCAAAUGCUUUUAAGAGUUUAUUUGUUAAUUUGCCAAACAUUCCGUUGAAAUUUAAGUUCACUGAUAUUGAAUAGUAACCAAUAAAUAAAUAAAUUAAUUUAUUAAUUUAAAA